AUGGCAGCAGUGGAGGUGGCGUCUUCAACGGCGAUGGCUAGGGCUCCGAUUGGCGGCAGGACUUGGCAGCAGAGGAACCUUCUUCCUUCCCCUUCAUCGAUCGCGUCUCCUCUCUCGUGCGCCUCUGGUCUUGCGGUGUCGUCCUUUCUCCAUCUCUCCUCUCCGCGACAGCUUCGGCAAGUUACUCUCACACCCUACCCUAGCCCUCUGAAGCAUUCGAAAACCCCAGCCCAGACGCCACCGCCGUCACCGGGGUUUGCAGGUCGUGACCGCCACCACCGUCGCGUGGUCUCUUCCCCAGUUCGCCCGUUCAUUCAUCUCAGCCUAGCCCCUUCUGAAGCAUUCCCAGGCUCCCAGCGUCCCCGUGGUCCUCAGGCUGCCACCGCCGUCGCCUGCUCCUCAGCACCGCCGCUUCGUCUUCGCUGGCCUCUCCCUUCGUCGUCGCUGGUCUUCGCUUCGUCAGCACCCAGUUUUUUCGGUUGAACCACCGGUUGGACCGGUUAGACCAAUAAACCAGUAAACCAG